CGAUUCUUCAUCGCCACUGGGUUUAAGUAUAACCCAUAGUCUCCGACCUUGCGCGACGUCGCCUCACACCACGAUGCCAGCCAAACGGAAAGCCGCAGGCACAGUGACUGGCGCGGCAAAAGCAGGCAAAGGCUCGAAGGUGUCGACUCCCGCUGGAGUCGCUACUCCAAGGAGUAUUGGUAGUGACAAUGAAUCCUCCGUAGCGGACGCAGCCAGCGAAGUCGAGGAUGAGACGAUCGAAAAGAACAUCAACAAAUUCACUGUUGACUCGUAUGAACGUGCCGCACCGCUGGCGAAGACCCCGACAUCGUACAUCUUUGGGAAGCGAGAUUACUCUUACCUGCAGCUCAAGCCGGAUUACCAAAAUCGCCCCCUGUGGAUUGACUCUGGAAAGGCGAGGAUUUUUCUCGAGAGUUUCAGUCCGCUCGCGCAGCAAGCGCAGGACUUUCUCAUCACAAUUGCAGAACCCGUGUCACGCCCAUCGUUCGUCCACGAAUAUGCGCUCUCGCCACACAGUCUAUAUGCGGCCGUUUCGGUUGGGCUGUCGCCUGACGACAUCAUCAAUACCCUCGAGCGCUUUCUCAAGACGCCACUUCCGAAGCAAAUUCGCGGCUUCAUCGAAAGCUGUACAGCAAGCUUUGGCAAGGUCAAGCUGGUCCUGAAGAACACCAAGUAUUUCGUCGAGAGCGCGGACCCCGUUGUGCUGCAAAAGCUCCUGAAGGAUCCCAUUAUUGGCCCUCUUCGCACGCAAGGUACCGCCGAAAUUACCACGACAGCGGCACCUAAGCAAGCACCGCUUGUCAUACCCGGAACAACGAAUGCAGCUGGUGUGCGGCAGGCUGCACAGCAAAACGACACGGGGAAAGAUGGCGAGAACAUCGCCGAGGACCAGGUAUACGCCACGCUGAACGACGACGACGACGAAGAUGCGGAAGUGACACACUCUUUCGAAAUACCGGAUUCCGCCGUCGAGGUUGUGCAGAAGAGAUGUCUUGACCUCCAGUACCCCGUGCUUGAGGAGUACGAUUUCCGGAAGGACGAGUUUAACGCAAACUUGGAAAUAGACCUACGGCCAGGAACUCAAAUUCGCCCGUAUCAGGAGAAGAGUCUCAGCAAGAUGUUCGGAAACGGUCGAGCGAAAAGUGGCAUCAUCGUCUUGCCAUGUGGUGCUGGAAAGACUUUGGUCGGGAUCACCGCAGCCUGCACCGUGAAGAAGGGCGUGAUAGUACUCUGUACAAGCUCCAUGUCCGUCGUACAAUGGCGGAACGAGUUCCUGAAGUGGUCGAACAUCAAGCCGGAGGAUGUCGAGGCCUUCACUUCGGAAUCCAAGGGUCGGGUUUUCUCGGGUGCUACAGGAAUCAUCGUGACCACAUAUUCGAUGGUGACCCAAACUAGGGAGAGGUCGCACGAUGCCAAAAAGAUGAUGGACUUUCUCCAGCAGAGAGAAUGGGGCCUCAUGCUGUUGGACGAAGUCCACGUUGUACCCGCCAAUAUUUUCAGAAAGGUCACGUCGUCCAUCAAAACGCACUCGAAGCUCGGUCUCACGGCCACACUUCUCAGAGAAGACGACAGGAUUUCAGAUCUCAACUUUCUGAUCGGACCCAAAUUGUACGAGGCGAACUGGAUGGAGCUUUCACAACAGGGACACAUCGCCAGAGUACAGUGCGCAGAGGUGUGGUGCCCCAUGCCUACCGAAUUUUACGAUGAAUAUCUCAAGGCUCCGGCGCGGAAACGGGCGUUGCUGUAUAUCAUGAAUCCGUCCAAGUUCCAGGCGUGCCAAUAUCUUAUCAACUAUCACGAAUCAAGGGGGGACAAGAUCAUUGUUUUCUCCGACAAUGUAUACGCACUGAAAUCGUAUGCCUUGAAGCUGGGCAAGGUGUUCAUCUACGGCGAAACGGGACAAGCAGAGCGGCUGAAGGUAUUGGAGAAUUUCCAACACAACCCGCAGGUCAAUACCCUCUUCCUGUCCAAAAUCGGCGAUACGUCCCUUGACCUGCCGGAAGCCACUUGCCUCAUUCAGAUCUCCUCGCAUUACGGUUCACGUCGGCAGGAAGCCCAGCGGUUAGGGCGGAUCCUCCGGGCCAAGAGAAGGAAUGAUGAGGGCUUCAAUGCCUUUUUCUACUCACUGGUUUCCAAGGACACGUCGGAGAUGUAUUACUCUUCAAAGCGGCAGGCAUUCCUCGUGGACCAGGGCUAUGCAUUUAAGGUCAUCACGUCUCUCAACAACAUUGACAAGACUGAAAACCUGGCAUUCGCUACAGCCGCCGAGAGGAGGGAGCUGCUCCAGAAGGUGUUGGUUGAAAACGAAAGCGUGAACGACGAGGAAGUGGUAGACGAUCUCUUCCACUCGGGUACGAUGGGCCGACGACCAAAGAAGAAGGCGAAGAGAACGGCGGGUAUGCUCGGCGACCUGUCUGGCGGGCAGGACAUGGCGUAUAUCGAGCAAAACAAGAAGACCAAGUUGAAGAAGGGAGACAGUAAUGCCUUCUUCCGGAAACUGCACCGACAGGCAGCCAAAAAGUGAGCGCAACAUAUUGCUUUGGUAUUUGGGUAGCAUCGAUCAGGAGGGAUCUGGCGAAGGCGAGGCGUUCUUGGCUUGGUUAAAGGUCUCGUUCUUUGCUGUGGAUUUGAAUGGGGGCAUAAGGGCGGGCGUUGCUGCAUCUUACGAGUCGACUGGGAAAUGGCUUGCUUUAGAGGGACAGGAAUAUCCAACACAGAGAGAGCGCCGGAAUAGAAAACGGCACCAGACUGAGCAGAGAGAUAGAAUACACUUCAUAAACUGCAACACUAC